AUGGAUCAACCAUCGCAGACUCCUGUGCCUGCUAAGCCAAAGCUGAAGCUAAAAGUGAGCAGCUCAUCGGGAAUCCCGACUGUCACCUCUGCUACCACUCCGACCGCUCAUAAUGGCAACUUUGCGACUCCCACUGUGACCGACUCGCCCGCUACUGCGAGCAAAUCUAAAAUCAAGUUCAAGGUCGGCACCAAGUCUCAACCAGCUACCCCAGCCACAGAGAUCAGCCAACCAGCCUAUCCCUCAGACAAGCCGGCUGCUUCCACAUCGGCGCCGAAACUCCCUGUGAAGACCAAGGCUGGCCGCGUCACCAAACCGAGCGCAAAGAAGCGGGCUAAGGACGACGCUCUUAGUGACGAUGAAGUCGCCCUCCCACAAUCAGUGAAGCGCAUCAAACUCAACCCCAAGACCCCCACGUCGCCUGCCGUCAAGGUCAAGGUCAAGAACAAGGGUCACGUCCCUGUACGCCCCAACGGAGAUGGUUACGAUUCGGAGCUGGAGGGCCGCGAAGUCGACCCAGUCGUGGAGGAGCAAUGUAUCCUGCGGUACGAAGGCGGCGUCGAGGAGGACCUCGAAUACCUCACGCAGAUGAUCGAACAGGGCCGCAUUGGACCGCCGACCGGAGCCAAUCUGAACAACAAAGAUAAAGCCGCGGCACAAUUUGGACUGAAGUGGCUCCCGGGGACAGAUAACAGGCGCGCUGUCGUGCGUAUUCGCAGCAACAUUUACGCCGCCGUGUUACUGGAUCUCCCCACUAUUACUGAAAGCAUGAAAAGCUUCAACAAGAAGGAUUUUAUGAAGUCGGCAGAUAUCUGCCAGAUGUUGCUGAUCUAUAAAAAAGUCAAGGACGAGGGCGAGGCAAAAACGGCGCCGCUGCCGGCUAUUACUAGGGAUAAGGAGCACAAGUGGCCGCACGGACUUACGCCGCCGUUGCAUGACGUCUACAACCGUCGCUUCCGUAAGCGGCUAUCCAAGAAGGAAAUUGAAGACAAGGAGGCCGAGCUCAGGCGUCUCCAAGCUGCCGAUGAGGCGGCUGUAUCUACUCGCUACGAGAUCGUGACCAUCGGUGAAGAUGGACGUCCAGAAAGUCCCGAGCACGACGACGAGCAGGACGCCGAGGGUGAGGAGGAUGACGUCGACCCGAUGCUCGAGCGGGGUGGCGACGAGGACGAUAAUCUGGACCUCGAAGCCGAGUUCUUCGAGGCGCUGGUACAAGAGGAGCAGCGGGGAAUGGGUGGUGACGAGGCGCCCGAGGAUGACGCCGUGGCCGAAACGCCUGCUCCAACCCAGACUGAAGCUGCAACACCCGCGGAGGAAUCUGGCGACGACGAAGACGGGGAGGAUGCCGACAGUGGCGAAGAAGGUGAUGACGCCGCCGAGGCCGAGGCUGCAGAGAAGGAGGACGAGGACGAGGAGAUUGCCAACGCUCGUGCAGCCAUCGAGCAGAUCAAGGCCAAGAUAUUAUCCGUGCAGGCCCCCAUUCUCAAGGCGAGACUUCAGCAGUCGCUCAAGAGCGCAGAGAAGCAGUUGGAAAGCCUGCUUGCCGAGCGGGCCGCCGCCGCCGAGGGCUCCGAGGACGAGGACGGAGGCGAUGUGUCAGAGGAGGACUAA